UCCUGGCGCCGUUCCCAAAAAGUCACAUUAUUUGGGCGUGAGGGCUCCAGACAAACAGGGCGGGAGGGCGGCCAAACAGGAUGAAAGCUGCGCAGAGCCAGGUCACAAGUGAUGAAAGUCACGGAGGCCUGUUUGUGUUUGUGUGUGCGUGUCGUGUAUGUGUUUGGAUGGCGGGGUGGCGGCCUAUUAAGGCUGGCUUGUCGGGGUUUAUAAAUUUGAUCCCUGCAGGUUGCACUGCAGCUUCCUCCUCACCCGGAUCUUCUGAAGUGCUCUUUCUACUCGCGUCGUCUUCAGACCUCUUUGGAGUCAAACGCGCUGCGCAACCAUGGGGGACGCAGAGAUGUCAGCGUACGGCACAGCCGCCCCGUACCUGCGGAAGUCGGAGAAGGAGCGCAUGGAGGCUUCCACUCGUCCCUUCGACAUAAAGAAGGAAUGUUUCGUCCCCGACGCGGUGGAAGAAUUUGUGAAGGCUUCCAUCACAAGUCGAGAUGGGGACAGCGUCACUGUGCAAACGCAAAACGGAAAGACGGUGACCGUCAAAGACUCCCAGAUUCUGCAACAGAACCCUCCAAAAUUUGACAAGAUUGAAGACAUGGCGAUGUUGACUUUUCUCCAUGAGCCGGCUGUGCUGUUUAACCUCAAAGAGCGUUAUGCGGCAUGGAUGAUCUACACCUACUCGGGGCUGUUCUGCGUCACGGUCAAUCCCUACAAGUGGCUGCCGGUCUACAACCAAGAGGUGGUUGUUGCCUACAGGGGAAAGAAGAGGAGCGAAGCUCCUCCCCACAUCUUCUCCAUCUCUGACAACGCCUACCAGUACAUGCUGGCAGAUCGUGAAAGUCAGUCCAUUUUGAUCACCGGAGAAUCUGGUGCCGGAAAGACUGUGAAUACAAAGCGCGUCAUCCAGUAUUUUGCAAGCAUCGCGGCUGGAAGCGUGAAGAAAGAUCCCAAUGCCAAAGACAAGGGGACCCUGGAGGAUCAAAUCAUCCAGGCUAACCCCGCCCUGGAGGCUUUUGGAAAUGCCAAAACGAUUCGGAAUGACAACUCUUCGAGAUUUGGCAAAUUCAUCCGGAUUCACUUUGACACCCGAGGAAAGUUGGCUUCUGCUGAUAUUGAAACAUAUCUUCUGGAAAAAUCUCGAGUCACCUUCCAGCUGAAGGCCGAGCGAGAUUACCACAUCUUUUACCAGAUUCUGUCCAACAAGAAGCCAGAAAUUCUGGAGAUGCUGCUGAUCACAAACAAUCCUUACGACUACGCCUUCAUCUCACAGGGGGAAACACAAGUGGCCUCCAUAGACGAUGCAGACGAACUGAUGGCGACAGAUAACGCAUUUGACGUGUUGGGCUUCACACAAGAGGAAAAGAACUCGGUGUACAAGUUGACGGGCGCCAUCAUGCACUACGGCAACAUGAAGUUUAAACAGAAGCAGCGGGAGGAGCAGGCAGAGGCCGACGGCACCGAAGAUGCUGACAAAGCAGCUUACCUGAUGGGCCUGAACUCUGCUGACCUGGUCAAGGGUCUCUGUCAUCCGAGAGUGAAAGUGGGGAACGAGUGGGUCACCAAGGGACAAAAUGUUGCCCAGGUGUACUAUGCUGUCGGAGCUCUCUCCAAAGCCGUUUAUGAGAAGAUGUUUCUGUGGAUGGUGAUCAGAAUCAACCAGUCAUUGGAGACCAAGCAGCCUCGCCAGUACUUCAUUGGCGUUCUGGAUAUUGCUGGAUUUGAGAUCUUUGAUUUCAACACCUUCGAGCAGCUGUGCAUCAACUUCACCAAUGAAAAACUGCAACAGUUUUUCAACCACCACAUGUUUGUGCUGGAGCAGGAGGAGUACAAGAAGGAGGGCAUCGAAUGGACUUUCAUCGACUUUGGCAUGGACUUGCAGGCCUGCAUUGACCUGAUUGAAAAGCCCAUGGGCAUCAUGUCCAUCCUUGAGGAGGAGUGCAUGUUCCCCAAAGCCAGCGACGCCACCUUUAAAGCGAAGCUCUACGACAACCACUUGGGAAAAUCUGGCAACUUCCAGAAGCCCAGAAUCGUCAAAGGGAAACCGGAGGCCCAUUUUGCCUUGAUGCACUACGCCGGGACUGUUGAUUACAACAUCAACAACUGGCUGGUGAAGAACAAGGAUCCCCUGAACGAGACCGUCGUUGGACUUUACCAGAAGUCGAAUCUCAAACUAUUGUCGAUACUCUUUGCAAAUUACGCUGGAGCAGAUUCAGCUAUGGAAGCUGGUGAAGGCAAGAAGGAGAAGAAGAGAAAGGGUUCAUCUUUCCAGACUGUUUCUGCCCUUCACAGGGAGAAUCUGAACAAGCUGAUGACCAACCUGAGGUCUACUCACCCCCACUUUGUGCGCUGCAUCAUCCCCAACGAGACCAAGACUCCUGGAGCCAUGGAAAACCCGCUGGUGAUGCACCAGCUGCGCUGUAACGGCGUGCUGGAAGGCAUCCGGAUCUGCAGAAAGGGCUUCCCCAACAGGAUCCUCUACGGAGAUUUCAAACAGAGGUAUCGCAUUUUGAAUCCUGCUGCCAUCCCGGAAGGACAGUUCAUUGACAGCAGGAAGGGAGCCGAGAAGCUCCUUGCUUCACUGGAUAUUGAUCACAACCAAUACAAGUUUGGUCAUACGAAGGUGUUCUUUAAAGCCGGAUUGCUCGGCCUACUUGAGGAAAUGAGAGAUGAGCGUCUCUCCAAAAUCAUCACUGCCAUCCAAGCCAGAUCUCGCGGGCUUUUGUCUCGUGUUGAGUACCAGAAGAUGGUGGAGCGCAGGGAUGCCCUCUUAGUGAUCCAGUGGAAUAUCCGUUCGUUCAUGGGGGUGAAAAAUUGGCCCUGGAUGAAGCUGUAUUUCAAGAUCAAACCGCUUUUAAGAUCUGCGGAAGCAGAAAAGGAAAUGGCCAACAUGAAGGAAGAAUUCCUGAAGUUGAAAGAAGCUUACGCCAAGUCUGAGGCGCGAAGAAAGGAAUUGGAGGAGAAAAUGGUUUCUCUUCUCCAAGAGAAGAAUGACCUGCAGCUUCAAGUUCAAGCAGAGCAAGAUAAUCUUUGCGACGCUGAGGAAAGAUGCGAGGGGCUGAUCAAAAACAAAAUCCAAAUGGAAGCAAAAGCCAAAGAGUUAACUGAACGACUGGAGGAUGAGGAGGAGAUGAAUGCUGAACUAACAGCAAAGAAGAGGAAGCUGGAGGACGAGUGCUCUGAGCUGAAGAAGGACAUUGACGACUUGGAGUUAACGCUGGCUAAAGUGGAGAAGGAGAAACACGCCACGGAAAACAAGGUCAAGAACCUGGUCGAAGAAAUGGCAGCUUUGGAGGAAAUCAUCGCCAAGCUGACCAAGGAGAAGAAGGCCUUGCAAGAAGCUCAUCAGCAAACGCUGGAUGACCUUCAGAGUGAAGAAGACAAAGUCAACUCUCUGACCAAGGCCAAGUCAAAACUUGAGCAGCAAGUGGAUGACCUUGAAGGGUCUCUUGAGCAAGAGAAGAAGGUUCGAAUGGACCUUGAGAGAGCAAAGCGGAAGCUAGAGGGAGACUUAAAGUUGACCCAAGAAACUCUUAUGGACCUGGAAAAUGACAAACAGCAGCUGGAUGACCGUUUGAAAAAGAAAGACUUUGAAAUUAGUCAGCUGAACGGGAAAAUUGAAGAUGAGCAAGCCAUAAUAAUGCAGCUGCAGAAGAAGCUGAAAGAGCUGCAGGCCCGCGUCGAGGAGCUGGAGGAAGAGCUGGAGGCAGAGCGAGCCGCCCGGGCCAAGGUGGAAAAGCAGAGAGCGGACUUGGCCAGGGAGCUGGAGGAGAUCAGCGAGAGGCUGGAGGAGGCCGGCGGAGCAACAUCGGCCCAGAUCGAGAUGAACAAGAAGAGGGAGGCCGAGUUCCAGAAACUCCGCAGGGACCUGGAAGAGGCCACCCUGCAGCACGAAGCCACCGCGGCCACGCUGAGAAAGAAACAAGCCGACAGCGUUGCUGACCUGGGGGAGCAGAUUGACAACUUGCAAAGAGUCAAGCAGAAACUGGAGAAGGAGAAGAGCGAACUCAGGCUGGAACUGGACGACGUCGUCUCCAACAUGGAACACGUUGUCAAGUCCAAGGUUUAUUUGGAGAAGACGAACAGAACUUUGGAGGAUCAAAUGAAUGAAUACAGGAAUAAGUGUGACGAACAUCAAAGAUCCCUGAAUGACUUUAGCACACAGAAAGCGAAGCUUCAAGCUGAGAAUGAUGAGUAUUUCAGACAGCUCGAGGAGAAAGAAGCUCUCAUUUCCCAGCUGACAAGAGGAAAGAAUUCUUACAACCAGCAACUGGAAGAUCUGAAACGACAACUGGAGGAAGAAAUAAAGGCCAAGAACGCGUUAGCCCACGCCGUGCAGUCCUCUCGCCACGACUGCGACCUGCUCAGAGAGCAGUACGAGGAGGAGCAGGAGGCCAAGGCCGAACUGCAGCGCGGCAUGUCCAAGGCCAACUCGGAGGUGGCUCAGUGGAGGACCAAGUAUGAAACCGAUGCCAUCCAGAGGACUGAAGAGCUGGAAGAGGCCAAGAAGAAGCUGGCGCAGCGCCUGCAGGAUGCCGAGGAGGCCGUGGAAGCAGUGAAUGCAAAAUGUUCCUCUCUGGAGAAGACCAAACACAGACUGCAGAAUGAGAUCGAAGACCUCAUGGUGGACGUGGAGAGGUCCAACGCCGCUGCCGCUGCUCUGGACAAGAAGCAAAGAAACUUUGACAAGGUGCUGUCCGAGUGGAAACAGAAGUAUGAGGAGUCUCAGUGUGAGCUGGAGGGCUCCCAGAAAGAUGCCCGAAGUUUGAGCACUGAGCUUUUCAAGUUGAAGAAUUCCUACGAAGAGUGCCUCGAUCAACUAGAAACCGUCAAGCGAGAGAACAAGAAUUUACAGGAGGAGAUCUCUGACCUCACUGAGCAACUUAGUGAGGGAGGAAAGGCUAUUCAUGAGCUGGAGAAAAUUCGGAAACAGCUGGAGCAAGAAAAGGGUGAAAUUCAGUCCGGUCUUGAGGAAGCCGAGGCCUCCUUGGAGCAUGAGGAGGGCAAGAUUCUGAGAGCCCAGCUUGAGUUCAACCAGAUCAAGGCGGAGAUGGAGCGCAAGCUGGCCGAGAAGGACGAGGAGAUGGAGCAGUGCAAGAGGAACAUGCAGAGGACCAUUGAAACCCUGCAGAGUUCUCUGGAAGCCGAGUGUCGGAGCAGGAACGAGGCCCUUCGUUUGAAGAAGAAGAUGGAGGGAGACCUCAACGAGAUGGAGAUUCAGCUCAGUCAGGCCAACAGGCAGGCGGCUGAGGCCCAGAAGCAACUCAAAUCUGUUCACGCACAUCUCAAGGACUGCCAACUUCAGCUGGACGACUCCGUCCGUGCCAACGACGAUCUCAAAGAGAACAUCGCCAUUGUGGAGAGACGUAACAGCCUCAUGCAGGCUGAGCUGGAGGAACUGAGGGCCGCUCUCGAGCAAACCGAAAGGAGUCGCAAACUUGCUGAGCAGGAGUUGCUGGAUGUCACGGAGAGGGUGCAGCUACUGCACUCGCAGAACACCGCUCUGAUAAACCAAAAGAAAAAACUGGAGGCAGACACUUCCCAGCUUCAGACAGAAGUCGAAGACGCUGUCCAGGAGUGCAGGAACGCGGAGGAGAAGGCCAAGAAGGCCAUCACAGAUGCCGCCAUGAUGGCGGAGGAGCUGAAGAAAGAGCAGGACACUAGCGCCCACCUGGAGCGUAUGAAGAAGAACAUGGAGCAAACCAUCAAAGACCUGCAGCACCGUCUGGAUGAAGCUGAACAAAUCGCAAUGAAGGGAGGGAAGAAACAAAUGCAGAAACUGGAGGCCAGGGUUAAGGAGCUGGAGAGUGAGGUAGAAAUGGAACAAAAGAGGAGCAGUGAAGCUGUGAAGGGAGUGCGCAAAUAUGAACGCCGUAUCAAGGAACUCACCUAUCAGACGGAGGAAGACCGCAAAAACAUUGCCCGUCUCCAAGAUUUGGUAGACAAGCUGCAACUGAAAGUUAAAGCCUACAAGAGAUCUACUGAGGAGGCUGAAGAACAGGCUAAUGUUCAUCUGGGCAAGUUCCGGAAGCUGCAGCAUGAACUGGAUGAAGCCGAAGAACGUGCUGACGUUGCAGAGUCCCAGGUCAACAAGCUGCGCGCCAAGAGCCGUGACGCCGGCUCCAAGCUGCAACAGAAAGGCUUUGAGGAGGAGUGACGUUUGCAGUCUCCAGAAAUAUCUUUGGUUUCCUGUGUGAAGUAGAUCCCCUCAAUCAUCACGAUUCACUGAUAGCUGUAGUGUCUAAUAAAAGCUCAUCAAGCAUUGCCCCCCCCUUGUAUUUGUCUCCCCCUUCCUCGCACUCUCCCCCCCCCCCCCCACCGCUCGAUACGAAAGAUGAUGAUGUAUGGCAUUAAAGAAGACAUUUCAUGGAUUUGAGGAUAUUACCAAAAG